CCGCCCGCCCCGCCACAUAGGUAGAGGUACGUACCGCAAGGCGAAGCAGACGCCGGCCACGACGCCACCUAACGCGGGCCUCGUCAGUCUUCCGAGGACGGCCGCAGCUGCCGGAGGACUCGCCGCUCGCUAGCCUAGCAGCCGCCGUCUCAGUGCGACGCCGACGUGUGUGUGUCCGAUACCAACCGUGGACUCCUCUCAGCACCCGCAUCCAGCUAGAAACGGCAGCCGCUCUCGCCUCUUACUCGAUUUUACCAAGCACCCGAGGUCAUUUGAGAACUUAACAGAUCGUCAGUUUUUGCUUCUACGAUGACUCUGGUCCAGUAACGGUGUCGUCGAGUCUGGUACUUCGAAGGACGCGGUCUCUGUUGUGCUUCCAGCUUUAACCGAUAAGAUAACAGGCACCAUGACGCUGCAAGUGGUGGCAGACCUCGUGAACUUCUACAGGGACCUGAUGGAUAACAGGAGCGACCAGCGCGUCAAGGACUGGCCGUUGAUGUCGGGUCCGCUGCCUACGCUGCUGAUAUGCGUGAGCUACGCCUACAUCGCCAAGGUGGUGGGGCCGAGACUCAUGCGCGACCGCAAAGCGAUGCAGCUCAAAGUCCCACUCGUGCUGUACAACCUGGCGCAGGUCUUCUUCAGCAUGUGGCUCUUCUACGAGUUACUCAUGGGUGGCUGGUGGAAUAGGUACAGCUUCAGAUGCCAACCCGUCGACUACUCGAACGAUCCCGUCGCUCUCAGGAUGGCUCGCGCUUGCUGGUGGUACUACUUCUCGAAGUACACGGAGUUUAUUGACACGCUGUUCUUCAUCUUGCGGAAGAAGAACGAGCAGAUCACGAACCUGCACGUCAUCCACCACGGUGUGAUGCCGAUGAGCGUGUGGUUCGGAGUCAAGUUCACACCAGGAGGCCACAGUUCCUUCUUCGGUCUGCUGAAUACAUUCGUACACGUCGUUAUGUAUACAUACUACAUGCUGGCGGCCAUGGGGCCACAGAUGCGUCCAUACUUGUGGUGGAAGAAAUACCUCACAGCCUUCCAGAUGGUGCAGUUCGUGCUGAUGAUGGUCCACGCUUUCCAGCUGCUGUUCAUCGAAUGCGACUAUCCGAAGGGCUUCGUCUGGUGGAUCGGCAUGCACGCUCUCAUGUUCUACUUCCUCUUCUCUGAUUUCUACAAACAAGCCUACAGAAACGAUAGGAAAAGCAAGAAGGAUGACGAUGCCACUGCAGUGACAAGCAACAAAACUGAAGCAGUUACAGAGAAUGGACACCUGAAAGAGGUUGAAAAGAAGGAUGCGGCAAAUGGAACAGUGCAUAGUUCAAUGAACGGAUAUCUCCAACACUCAGAGUCAAAUGUUGAUGGGGUAAGAUCGCGAGCGAAAGAAGCUGCUCCAGUGAAGGAAUCAGAUAUAGGAGAUGAGUCAUCGAAAAAUGUCUCCGAAAUUGGUUUCUGGGAGCGAUUUACCAUGAACUUUCCAAUGUUUUGUAUACCUGACCAGACAGUUCUCUUGCAAAAUCACUAGUGAAAUCGCCAAGUAACUUAUUUUUUGUACAUAUUAGUGCAAGCACUUCCGAAUAUAAUGGACGUGAGUAUGUUAAGAGUGUAUGUUAGUAAUUUUGUGCAUGUGAGACUGAAUCUAGUGUAGGUUCAGUUCAUAUCUGUGAUCAAAGACAACAGCAGAAGGAAUGUGAAUGUGCUGUCCAACGGAAGGAACACAAACUCACCUGAUGGACCGCAUCUUCUCUGUCAACACCCAUUCAUACAGUAAAUGUGCAGUGCUCUGAUUAUUAUAAUUUACGUUAGGUUCAACUGAAGAACCGUAAUUAUUGGUGUACGGUGAAUCUUAUGACAGAAUACUGGCGUGUAACAGCAGUGAAGAUGAUAGUCACUUCCUUGGAAGUAAAAUCCAAAUCACUUAAUUCCUCUUAACAGGAGGGUUUGUAAAGAGUCACAAUGUACAGUCGUGUAUGAUCUACCAAAGUUGAAGUUCAGAUUAUGAUUUGUUUAAGUAUUUGAAUUUAGUUAUCAAACACAUUUGGUAUCAC